AACGAAUUGAGAUAUAAAACCGAUCUGGAUUACCUCCAAGGGUUGCUGGAAAAUCAUCAACUGGAUGCGGCAAUGAGGGAACAGAUCGGCAACUGCAUCCUCUUCGUGAAAUCGCGAUCCAUGUACUGGGCUAUACAAGAUGCAUUAGCAGAAAACAAUCAAGCAGACCAAGAUUUGUUAGAACGGACAGUGGGCUCAGGAACUAGUUUUGACGCUGUUACCGUAGCAAGCCAUGCUUCUGGUCAAACUUUUGCCAUGGAUUUUGAGAGUGCUGAAAGCAAAAUAGACGCAAUUUCUCCUGUAUCUGCACGACAAAAGGUUUCUUCGUUCAGGGAGAGAAUAAGGGAGAUAAAUAUGAGGGCAUCCAUGCGAUCCAUUUCAUCCAAGCCCAGCAAAGCAAGCAGCUUCAAGGAGACUGUUGACCUGUCUACAGAUGACAAACAAGUGCCUGAGCAAGUGCCUAAGCUACAUCUCAGCUCAGGCAUUCUCUCAGCAGCUGUCGCAAAAGACAAACUACAGAAAUCAAACAGACCAACUAGCGCAAGAGUUAACUUCUCCGCUCCCCAGUAUCAGCGAUUUAUCCGACCUCAAACUGCUCGGGCCAGAAUGCAGAAGAAUGAAAGUGGAGGAGCAGCCGGGAAGCUUUCUUUGUCUUCGGUCCGCCCUUUGUCGGCAAGAACCUCUUGCGCCUACAGCCAUAGAAGCUCGUUGCUGAGCGGAGCAAUGACUCCGAACGUGGAGGUUUUGAUGUUCCGAGAAUCGCUCAGGCCAAUCCUCUCUAAUUUGAUGAGGCAGAGGUCCGAUCAGCAGCAUCGAGCAGACUUGUUUCCUACUAGCAGAGCAUCUCUCACGCCCUCGGGUAAAUUCCGAUUUGUAAGCAAGUAUUCAUAAAGAAUGGAAUCUUG